UAGAAAUGAUGUUGAGAAGUCUUUGGAGAUCCCCAGUCUAUUCUUUUUCAUAUUACACUAACUUGGAUCUAAGUUGUCCUUAUCCAUCGUUUCAAGUAAAAUAUUAUAGGAACAAACUCAUAGGCUCGAGAUCUAACAACGACUCAUACAAUGCAUUAUAUUACUAAACCUCCAUGUGAUCCUAAGAUCAUGACGUUUGGAGCUUUUCACACUGAUCACUUAUUGGAGAUUGAUUGGUCUGAGAAGAUGGGGUAGAUGAUUAAAUAAAUUUUGAUUUAGUUGGAGCCGACCUUAGAUUGUGCCAUUCAAGAGUUUCAGCAUUCAUCCAUUUUCAGCUUGUUUACAUUAUGCAAUCGAGUGUUUCGAAGGUGCUAAAGUAAUUGAAAAAUAAAUAUUAAAAGGCGUACAGAGGACCCAAUAAUUCAAUAAGAACAUUCAGAUUGAAUUGCAAUAUGUACAGAAUGAAACAAUCUGCUAAGAGAUUGUCAUUGCCAGAUUUUGAUGGCACAGAAUUGGAAAGAUGCAUCGAAUAACUAUUAAAAGUGGAUAGAGAUUGGAUUCCGGAUAGACCUGGAUUUAGUUGUUACAUUAGACCAACAUUGAUGGCAACAGAGGAGGCAUUGGGAGUCAGAGCAUCAAGCAGAGCAAAAUUAUUUGUUGCAUUGUGUCCUGUUGGUCCUUAUUUCCCAUCUGGUUUAAAGCCUGUUCGAGUGUUCUGUAACACAUCAACAGUAAAAUAUCCAUCUUUAAUAUUAGAUUCGAUCUGCUCCUGGAGGAGUGGGAGGAUUCAAAGUAGCUGGUAACUAUGCUCCAACAGUUUUACCUUUGAAGGAAGUCUAAAAGAUUGGAUUCCACCAAAAUUUAUGGAUGUUGCCAGAUGGUCUGGUAUAAGAAAUGGGAGUUUGCAAUUUGUUCUUCUUUUGGAAAAAUAAAGAGGGAGAGAAAGAGUUAGUUACACCAAUUCUAGAUGGAACUAUUCUCCCUGGAAUUUUGAGAGAUUCCAUUCUGGUAUCAUCACUAAUAAUGUAUAGGAAAUCACAAGAGGCAUGGGAAAGUUCAAAGUUACUGAGAAGAAACUCUACAUCUAGGAAGUAUUGGAAGCUAUUGAGGCUGGCAGAGUAUAGUAGCAUUUAAUAUUGUUUAGAUGAUUGAAAUGUUUGGAUCUGGUACAGCUGUUAGUAUUCAACCAAUUGAGGCCAUUGGAUUUAAUGACAAGAUCUAUGAAGUUCAAUAUGAUCCAAAAUUAAAUGCUGGAGAACUUUCACAUGAAUUGUUUGAUAUCUUAACAAACAUUUAGGUAUAGUAAGAGUAUUAAUUUUAGACUGGUGGUGGAGAACAUAAAUGGGUUAGAUAAAUAUGA